GCUCUCAAGAGGCAGGGCCGCACUCUGAACACGUCAGAAUGCCUGAACCCGCCAAGUCUGCGCCCAAGAAGGGCUCCAAAAAAGCCGUAACCAAGACGGCCGCUAAAGGAGGCAAGAAGAAGAGAAAGACUAGGAAGGAGAGCUACGCCAUCUACGUCUACAAGGUCCUCAAGCAGGUCCACCCCGAUACCGGCAUCUCGUCGAAGGCCAUGAGCAUCAUGAACUCGUUCGUUAACGACAUCUUUGAGCGCAUCGCCUCCGAGGCCUCCCGUCUGGCUCACUACAACAAGCGCUCCACCAUCACCUCCAGGGAGAUCCAGACGGCCGUGCGCCUCCUGCUGCCCGGUGAGCUGGCCAAGCACGCCGUGUCUGAGGGCACCAAGGCGGUCACCAAGUACACUAGCUCCAAGUAAACCUACGGUUUACCAUUAAAAACCAAAGGCCCUUUUUAGGGCCACACAAAUACAACUUGGAGCAAAAGAUCUUGUGUGGUUUUGUAGAAGUUGCAGAAAAGCUAAAAUGUUAAAUAUUUAACAAAUUCUUUCAUCCUACAUUUUUGUUUUGCCAUUAAAACUGGAGAAAAGUUACAAGGUUUCUCUUCAGCACCAAAAUUUCUGAAAACUACUUUCUGCCAUUUUUCUU